AUGACCGAGAGCACCACGAAGAAAUUUGAGAAAAUGGCAGCCUACAAGUUUCUGCAAGCCUGCAUUGGGGAGCUCAAGUUUGCGCCCGAGGAAUGCUUUAUGAUCGGAGACUUGUACGGCGACGACACAACUGGAUUUGUGAAGGUAAUACAUACUGCAUGGGCAACAUCGCAGCUGCUGACGAGAGUACAGGUUGUCAAAGUGGUAAACCGGGUCUUAGACAUUUUAGUGCAGAUGGGCAUCAUCCAAAACACCGAAGCUGUGGACGGAGUGAUCGAUCCUACCAGGAAGAAAACUCGGCGUGAACACAUCAUCAACGAGCUGGUAUCAUCAGAGCGCACAUACGUGCAACACUUGGAGAUGCUGCAAAUGUUCAAGCGGCUGGUGGAAGAGAAGGGCUCGGUGACCGGCGACGCCAUCCACGACAUUUUCCUCAACUUGAAUGCGCUUCUCGACUUCCAACGACGAUUCCUCAUUCGUGUAGAACAGACCAAUGCCCAGCCUCCCCACGAGCAGAAUUGGGGACACCUCUUUGUGCUGUACAAAGACGCCUUCAAAGUAUACGAGCCCUACGUCGCGAACCAGAAGAGAAGCGAAGAAGUGGCUGUGCGAGAUUACGAGAAGCUCGUCGAGACUGGUGGCUCUUCAGAAAUGCAGCAAAUGGUGCAAACCAAAGCCACAUUACCUUCGUUCCUAAUAAAACCCUUCCAACGGUUAACCAAAUACCCGCUUUUACUGAAGGACCUGCGCUCGAAUGGUGAACUCGAGGAGCAUCUCAGAGAAGACAUCGCCAACGGUAUUGAGGCGACGGAAUCAGUGCUCGAGCGCAUCAAUGCGGCAAUUGCCCGCGAAGAUCGACAGGAGGCUGUCGAAGAGCUGAAGACACUAGUCGAAGACUGGAAAGGCCACCGUAUUGAAGGAUUCGGCGACCUUCUGCUCUAUGGUCAAUACACAGUCCUCAAAGGAGAUGGCAUGAAUGGGAAGCAAGAUGAGCGAGAGUACAAGAUAUACCUAUUCGAGAUGAUUCUGCUGUGUUGCAAGGAGCUCAGUGCCAACAAAGCCAAGAAGAUGAACAAAGCAUUGACCACCAAAACCGGUAAACCAAGGUUGCAACUCAAAGGUCGCAUCUUCAUGCAGAAUGUAACGGAGACAAUUUCGCUUCAGAAACCCGGAUCAUACACGUGCCAAAUCUUCUGGAAGGGCGACCCAGGCAUCGAAAACUUCAUAAUCCGAUUCAACACAGAGGACAAUAUGAAAAAAUGGGCCACGCAAGUCGAUACUCAGCGGCGUGUUUGGAAAGACCACGCGCGGUCCAGCGCCAGCACAACGCACUCGAAGCCCUCGGAUACACAGUUUACGUACAUGCACGAUCAGAAUCUCGUAAACCCGUACGCUGAGGAGGAGGAAGACGACGAUGAGGACAUAGAUACAGUUGUUCCUGGCUAUCCACCAACCAGCUCAAGCGCGUCAAUACGCUCGCGAUCGACCACAGGAGAAAGUGCAAACGAUGACAGGGUACCACCUCCACGUUUCCCCAUGGGCUACGCCCAAGCCCCGCUAACUCUUCGAACCCAGCAGCUUGCAGGUUCUGCCAACCAAGACGGCUCAUACUUCUCCCCCGUAGAAACUCCCAUGUCCACAUAUUCAAGCGCGCGGACGAGCUCUUCGUCAGCUGGCACGUUUCCUUUUCCCCGCCAGACACCUCCCUCAGGCUAUCACGAGGAGAACAACCGCUAUACUGCACCUGCCCGAGGUCAUAUGACUCGCGAAACCUCUAUGGGGCCUGGUCUGCCUCCAGGACGUGCAGUCUCACGUCCGUCACUGCCACCCACAUCUAUUUCAUCAGCUAGCAUGGCAGCGGGUCGACUGCGGGCGGCUAGUAGCCCGGAUAUCCACAAUGCUUUGAGACCUGGACGACGUACAGAUGGUCAGCAGCCAUCUGUACCUGAGAUGCCUCCAUUCCCUACGCAUUACGCCUACAACGCAGCCAUCGUGAACCGCAGCCAGAGCAAUUCGCCCAACGGUCUCCCUCCACGAGCCGCCACAGGCUCGCCCGCUAUACAGAGAGAUCGCCUUGUGCAACAGCGGACAGCCGCAGAGCUCGCUGGAGCACACCCUGACUACUAUGGCGGGCCUCUCCGCAGAGACCCCGGCGUAACACGGACUAUGACGCCUCACUCGUCAUUCGAACGCAGUCAAGGUACUUUGACACCAGCAUCGAUGGACUCGCGCACUAUGUCACCUCCUCUAUCGCAAGCAUCAACUUUGAAUGAAAGCCACUCGGGCAUACCCACGCAGCUCAAGGUGAAGGUGCACUGCCCCGCGGCCGGAAGCUCGAUGACGCUUGUAGUCAGCACGAACAUCAGCUUUCAGAGCCUGAAAGACCGGAUUGAUGCGAAGUUGCAGCGGUCGACUAGCGUGUCGCUUGGUUCGGGCCAGGUGAAGCUCAAGUAUUUGGAUGACGAUACAUUUGUGACGAUUUCGACGGAUGACGAUUUGCAAGAAGCAUUUGAGACGUGGAAAGAGCAGCAGAGAGACUUGAAUCCUGGUGGCCAGCAGUUGGGUGAGAUUGAGCUCUUCUGUCAAUGA